CCGGCAUUACAGUCUCUAAGAAAGGAUUUAGUCUUUAAUUCUUGAUUAGAUAGAAUUUUCUCCCCCUGUGAGAGAGUGUAGUGAUACACCAAGCAGAGAUAAACCUACCGUAUUCGGAAAGUGUGUGUGUCUGUGCGUUUGAGCGUCCUUUGGCAUAGGUUCCUCUCUGAGACAGACAUACAGAUGCACGCACUCCUAAACCGCUGGUGUACCAUCCCUUCCAGUGCCUGGGCUUUUAACGCAUUGUGAUUGGGCUAUUAUUAGAAGCAAUGGAUUAUCAAUUAGGAUUUAAUCCUGAUUGAUGUGUUUGUCUCAGCUGGAAAAGAACGACACUCCGUGCUUUAUUGUUUGUUUUCAUCUCUGGAAUGACAGAAGGUGGUUCUUUCAUUUCUUCACAAGAUGCCAUGAGAAGGGAUUAUUUUCAUUUUUUGCAAUCAAACAGCUACUUCCAAAAGCUUUUUUUCCCCCUCAGGACGUGAGGAGACCACUGAGGAAGACAUUCAUUUAUUUAGUUCUUUCACUCAAUCACCUUCCUCCCCCUAGUCUCUGCCUGACUGGCUGCUGAGCUGACUGCUUGCCUGCCUGGUUGGCUCUCUCUCUCAGUAAGGUCUCGCUAUCGGUUCACUCAAACAGUGUGCGGACUUCGCUGAGGCAGUGGUGGAGAGCUACAGUCAGGCUUGCUCAGGGUUUGGAAAGAAGGAUCUCUGCUAAAUUUUUCUCUCUGUCUGGUGUAGUGGAAUAUUAGAUGUGAGCAGAGGAAAUCUUUGCCUCUUCCAGCACAGACCACUGACCACCACUCCUGUGCUGCAUCCAUGACUUUGCAUAACUGGUUUGUCUAUGGAUUUGGAUUUAUCUUGGUUUGGGCACUCUGCUUGGCACCAGUUAAAAGUCUACAGUGCUAUGGCUGCAACAUCAUCCAGGGCCAGAGGUAUGUGGACGUGGGCUGCUCCAGCCCAGAGGUCAUCACCUGCACCCACUCACACAAAGGCUUCAAACACCGUUUCUGCAUCAAGACAGAGAGUACGGCUCUGGGUAUUGUCCUGACCAGUGGCUGUGCUACGUCGAGACACUGCCAGCAACAAGAGCUACCAGGGGUGCGAAUCCACUGCUGUGACUCAGACCUUUGUAACAGCACCCCCCUCUGGCAACCAAGCUCACUCCACUACGUCUGCGCACUGUUCAGUGUCCUGCUGAUGAGGAUGUGGUUGUGAUCUAAAGUUAAAAAAAAUUAAAUAACACCAAUGGACUCUUCUGUGUUUUAUGCUGAAUGAACAUGUUUUUUGGUUUGCACUGUCAAAUUGGUUUUUAUCACAUUGUUGGCUGGGACUAACAAUUACAGCAAUGGCCAGAUUACAGCGUAAACACAAGAGAGCAAACACAGUCUGCAUCAUGUUACAGUCAUCAGUGAUUUCAUUGUAGGGAAUAUUGUGCAACGUCUGUGCUGGUGUCACAGUGUUGUUUCAGAAAAAAACACUUUGUACGAGGCAAAACAAGACUAUGCCAACUUCAAGUUUCAGCAGUCUUAAGCGCUCUUAUUUGGAAAGAUGUACAUCCUUUUUCUGUGUUUCUGUACUUUUCAAGAUCAAAUAGUUAUGUUCUUUCAAAGUCACAAGCUAUCUACUUUUCAUAGGAAAAUAUGUUGUUUCAGUUUGUUGGGGAACUGUAUAGGCCAGGCAUAGUAAACAGGCACUGCAUGUAAUUCUUCUAUAAAAUAUUGCUAAGUGAAAGCAUGUAAUGUUGUGAUUUACUGUGUUAAAAUGUUUCAUAUUUUUCUCGAGAAAGGUGUCUUUACUUCUACUAUUUGUGCCGUGCUAAAAUGCUUCAUGACAGUCACAGUGUCUCAUGUCCUAAUCAAAAAAUCAAUGGGGAACAAAUCCUCAACUUAGAAAAUGUUCACAUGAUGACUGAAAUGCAAAAGGAAUUCUUGCAUUUGCAGUUAUGUCUCUUUCGUUGAGAUAAAAUAAUUCAUAUGAUCCAGAGUGAAGCAAUUUCUUCUUUUAUUGCUUUUCCUCAUCAAUAACAUUCCAUGUUUAAAUAUGCUGUGUUCAGAUCUAUAGGGAGAUUUUUUUUUUGCUUUUCAUAACUGUACUGGAUCAAGAAAUAACAUUUUCUGGCACAGAUUAUAUUAAGUGAUUGAACACUCCAGAUGUUGCUUUGUAACACACCCCCUGCAAUCCAUCUUAAAAUGAGCAUCAGCACAAGGCCAUCACCCUACUUUUCAUAAUGGAAUUCCCAACAAGUUCUCUGUUCGGGCUGUGGGACUUGAGGCUGGGCAGUCCAGUGCCUGUACUCAAUCCUUUCUCAUCCAUGCCUUUCAUAUGUGCUCAGAACUGAGUUUUUUAUCCUCUUAUUGAAUCAUACAAAAAGUCAUGGAUGCUGUGGGAAAAUAAGUCAUCCACAGAAUAUGUUCUCUACAUUAAUUCCGCCAU